GUUUUCCUUUAAAUCAUGAAAAAGCACGCCCGUGGGGCAGAAGGCCGCGGCUUCCCACUGCGGCAGAGGCUCCGGGCCGCAGCAGGCAUGGCAGGCGCCCCGGGGCCAGCUCCACCCACGGAGGGCGGCGGGGAGGCGCGGCCAGCCUGGGACAACAAGCUCCAGUACCUGCUGAGCUGUGUGGGCUUCGCCGUGGGCCUGGGCAACCUCUGGCGGUUCCCGUAUCUGUGCCAGACGUACGGGGGAGGCGCCUUCCUCAUCCCCUAUGUCAUCGCCCUGGCCUUCGAGGGCAUCCCGCUGUUCCACAUCGAGCUCGCCAUCGGCCAGCGCCUGCGCAGGGGCAGCAUCGGGGUGUGGACGGCCAUCUCGCCCUACCUGGGCGGCGUGGGGCUGGGCUGCUUCACCGUGUCCUUCCUGGUCAGCCUGUACUACAACACGGUCCUGACCUGGGUGCUCUGGUACCUCCUCAACUCCUUCCAGCACCCGCUGCCCUGGAGCGCCUGCCCGCCCGACCUCAACCGCACAGGGCUCGUGCAGGAGUGCCGGGACAGCAGCCCCGUGAGCUACUUCUGGUACCGGCGGACCCUGAACGUCUCGGCCGACAUCAGCGACAGUGGCCCGGUCCAGUGGUGGCUGCUGCUCUGCCUGGCGGCCUCCUGGGCCGUCGUGUACCUGUGCGUCAUCAGGGGCAUCGAGACCACCGGCAAGGCGAUUUAUUUCACGGCCCUGUUCCCUUACCUGGUCCUCACCGUCUUCCUGGUCAGAGGGCUCACGCUGCCCGGGGCGAUGGAAGGACUGACCUACCUCUUCACCCCUGAUAUGCAGGUCCUGCAGAACCCCCGGGUGUGGCUGGACGCGGCCACCCAGAUAUUCUUCUCCCUGUCCCUGGCCUUUGGAGGACACAUCGCUUUCGCCAGCUACAACCAGCCCAGAAACAACUGCAGGAGGGACGCGGUGAGCGUGGCGCUGGUCAACAGCAUGACAUCCCUCUAUGCGUCCAUCGCCGUCUUCUCUGUCUUGGGGUUCAAGGCGGCCAGUGACCACGGGCAGUGCCUGGACCGAAACAUCCUCCGCCUUAUCAACGCCUUCGACCUGCCCGAGCAGAGCAUUUCCAGGGACGACUACGCCGCGGCCCUGGCGCGUCUGAAUGCCUCGCAGCCGGCGCGGGUGGCCGGGCUCCCCCUGAAGGCCUGCCGCCUGGAGGACUUCCUGGACAAGAGUGCCUCGGGCACGGGCCUGGCCUUCAUCGUCUUCACAGAGGCCGUGCUCCACAUGCCUGGUGCACCAGUCUGGGCCGUGCUCUUCUUCGGGAUGCUCUACAGCCUGGGCCUGUCGUCCAUGUUCGGGAAUAUGGAAAGCAUGACCACACCGCUCCUGGACCUGGGGGUCAUGCCCAGGAGGGUCCCCAAGGAGGCGCUGACAGGCCUGGUCUGCCUGCUCUGCUUCCUCACGUCCUCCUGCUUCACGCUGCGGUCGGGGAGCUACUGGCUGGAGAUCUUCGACCAGUACGCCGCGGCCCUGAACCUGAUCCUCCUGGCAUUCUUCGAGGUGGUCGGGGUCGUUUACGUUUAUGGGAUGAAGCGGCUCUGUGAUGACAUAGCCUGGAUGACCGGGAGGCGGCCUGGCUUCUACUGGCGGGCGACCUGGAAGGUCGUGAGCCCCCUGCUGCUGCUGACCAUCUUUGUGGCCUAUGUUGCCCUCCUGGCCAGCUCGCCGCCAGGCUACAAGGCCUGGAACCCCCAAUAUGAGCGGUUCCCCUCGCGGCAGGAGAAGCCCUACCCCGGCUGGGUGCUGGCCGCCUGUGCACUCCUGUCCUUCCUGCCCACCCUGUGGGUCCCGGUGGUGGCGCUGGGCCAGCUGCUCGCCCGGUGCAGAGAGAAGACGCAGAACCCGCCGCAGGACGGACGCCCGAAGCCGCGGGGCAGCAGGGCCUGCUGAGCACGGGGCCGGGGUGGCGGGGAGGCCUGCCUGUGCCACAGCCGGGGCAGCACCAAUACACGUGCGCUCGGCCCUGACGGCCCGCGGUCGUUGUUCCUGACGCUGUCGCGCCCGCCGGGCCCGCUCACGGCACCGCCCAGUUCCCACAUCACAGUCCACGCUCCUCUCCUAAUGGGCCAAGUCCGCUGUCCGCCUCCUGGGCCCUGUGGCUGGCGGUCCUGCGUGGGGCCCUCAGGGAGGCCGUGCACUGCGUCCACGGGCAGAACGGCAGGGGUCCCAACGGCCCGGGGCGGUGGUAGCGGGAGGGACGUGUGGGAAGGCCCACCCGCACCCCACACUGGAUGGACAGCCUGAAGCAGGGCCACUGCAGGGAUGGCUGAAGGCCAGGAUGGAGGCCCAGCCCCACGGAAGCACCUCUGCGUACCCGAGACCUGGCCCCGGGGAGGGUCUGUCCUGGGUGUGUGUGAUGCGGACCUCGGGGCACCCGGUGCACAGAGAAUCGUCCCAGAAGCACGGGCUGCCCCCGCGAAGGCGGGGUAGCCGGAGCAUCGACAUGCUAUCCACGAGGCUGGCUCUUUGCAGGCUUAGCCCAGAAGCCCUGCCCUUUAUUCUUCCGAGACUUUCAAGUCAAAGAGAGAAGGGAAGGCUGAUCGUCAUGCAGGUCUCCAUUCUCUCCAGGAGAGGAAGGCCAGGCUCCUCCCCGAGCGUGGGUCCCUGCCUGCACCAAGCCCUGCUCCCAGCAGCCUCAGACAAGACCUGCCCUUUCCAGGGCCCGCUCGCCUCCACCCGCCCCCCUGCACUCUGGCCCUCCCGCACCAGCCAGCGACAGUCCUGAGGGGCCCUGGACACACAGCUGGGCUCCUGGAGACCCUGCCUGUCCUCCGCCUCGCGCUGGGAGCACAUCCCUCUGCGCCCAGCCCCAGGCAGGCGAGAGCUGUCCGUGGUGCUGAAGGAGGCCUGCAGACAUGGCCCCGCAGGAGGCCAGCACAGUUAUGGGGCCCUCGGACCCGGUAAAUGGUGCUGGUCACUGCUGCCUGCCUACGGGGAGUGGGUAUUAAAGCCGGGUCAGCACAAGCUUGCCCUGGAGUGAGCCCUAAGCCACGUGGAGUGGGCGGGCCUGCAUUUCACCCCCAUGCUGCCCUUGGUGACUCAGGGCCCCCUCUUCCAGAGAAGCGCUAACACGGCUGUCUGCCUCAGCCUAUGUCCUCCGUGUGUAGGGACCCC